AUGGUCUUUGGCCCCCCAGAGGAGGGGUCUGCUACUCCCGCGGCCCUGAGUGCUCCCCAGAGCUCUCAGAGUGCCGACCGCUCCCCCAAUGGUGGGGCAGCUGGUGGCCUUGGCCAGCCCGAGCCUCCUGGCCCCAGCGGCCCAGGGGAGGCGGGAGAUGAGGAGCCCUUGGUGGAGGGCAGUUUCCGCAUGAAGACGGCUGCCCUGGUGGUAUUCCUGCUCCUCAAGUAUCGCAACAAGCAGCCCACCAGCAAGGCAGAGAUGCUGGAGGUCUUCACCCCAGAAUACCAGGACGACUUCCCCGCCAUCUUGAGCCAAGCGUCCAUCUGCUUGCGGCUGGUCUUUGGCCUAGACGUGAUUGAAGUGGAUCCCAGGGAGCACUCCUACGUCCUCAACCCCAUCCUGGGCCUCACCUGGGAUGGGAUGCUGAGCGAUCAGUGGGGUAUCCCCAAGACCAGCCUCCUGGGGCUGGUCCUGGGGUUGAUCCUCCUGCAGGACGGAUGUGUCUCCGAGGAGGUGUGGGAGGCUCUGGGGUUCACGGGGAUGAAAGAUGGCCAAGAGCAAAUCGUCUGUGGGGAGCCUGGGGACCACCUCACCGUCUGUGUGCAGGAAGGCUACCUGGGGCGCCGGCAGGUGGCAGGCAGCGACCCUGCCCGCUUUGAGUUCCUGUGGGGGCCCAGGUCCUCCGAGGAAACCAACAACCUUCAGGUCAUGGACUUUAUGCUCCAGGUCGGUAGCAAAAACCUGGGGUCCUCCCUGGUCCUGUGA